AUGGAUUGUGACUCUUCAAGAUUAUCGAGGCUUGUGUCACUCGAAGAAGUUGAAUUCGACGCUGACAUUGCUGGAUUGGGAGUAACUUUCGUUGCAACAUCUGCAACCGUAAUCAUCGUCCUGGCCUUUGCGUUUUUCACUCUGUCCGUACCCUCACGACUUCUCAACACGGGAGAUGCUGUCAUGGUUACCGGAAUAAGACGCAUAUACCAUGGACUACGAUCUUUAUUCCCGAAGCUCAAAAUUGUCAAAGUAGUUGACACCCGAAACGAGCGAGUCACUGCCUACAAGGCCUUCCUACUUUCAACAAGCGAUCAACUUCUUGUUUCUCAAGUCGCUAUACUCAUCGCUGCGUUCAUCAUAUAUGGCGAGAUAACCAUCUACUCAGUCAAUGUUGUUGUAGGAUUGGGAACUCUCGCAUCAACUGUCCACCUUGGUUGUUUUCCAUUCUAUCUGGAUCGCCUGGUGGAAAACAGUGUCGCAAAGUUUGUCCGAGUACUUGCUAUGGUUUCAGGUUCUGGUAUGCUCGUUUUUAUGCUCAUUGUCCAGUUGUCUUACAGUUGGGAUAUGAAAACGCACGUCUACUUUGCUUGUGCUGUAGAGGACUUUAACAUGGACGGAGGCACUAUUUCUACUAGCUUCACCAGUCUAUUCGUUCCUCUUACCGUUCUCUAUGGUACGUACGAGACGGUUCAGCUUCUAUAUACAAAGGGACCACGAGACAUUGAACCAGCUGGUUGGCACUCCCAGGGCCACAAAAUUACUUCACCAACAGCGGGGCUCGGUAAUGAGAGUAAUAUCACGGCUGGUUCUGACAUUGAAAUGCAAUCCAUACGGGUUGUUCCGAGACGGUUACAACAGUUCCUUGGCGGAGAUUCCACACUGAAUCUCAGUACAAUCGAGAAAGAAGCACUGGUCUUAUACAUUGAGUUCAACUUGGUAAAUGACACAGCUCACUCAGGCCAUCUUAAAGAGACAUACCACCAACUACAAUUGGAACUAUCCAACCAACGUCCCAAGACAACGACCCUCAAGGAGAUAUGGCGCAAAGUUCGUGAAGGGGAACGAAAUACCCUUCUGGAUCAUUGGCUUCAACUAAGAGCUUUGGAUCUUCUUCGGUCCGAAUCCACAAGCCGAUCUCAGCUAUGGCUUCCAAUUAUUUGGAUAGUUGAGCGAUGGACAUUUCACCAGUGUCGUGGCUCCUUCGUAUGGAGACUGUUCUGGCUUUGGUCUGGUAAUGUCUAUGGAGUUGCGUCCAUCUUUACCUUUCGUGUCACUACAAUAGGCAUGUCUGGUGACCCAGAUGAUUGGGGUUUUGGACAGAUUGUCCCACUGGCUCUUCUUGCACUGCCUCUGUUUGCGGCUAUGGAAAGCCAUGCAGUGGCCACGGAUCAGCAACCGAGACAAGACGCAGUAUCUCCAGACGAUCUUGAAGCCAUUCAAUUCGUCAGCCAGAUUUUUCAACAGAGGGCCAAAGAUUUAGGACUUCCGUAUCUUUACGGCUGGGUGAGAGGUGUCUCACUUGACAGGUCAUCCAGUCUGCAGAUGGGUGCUGGAUUCCAGGCAAUAAUUAUGUUCGCCAUCACCAUAAUCUUAGGCUUUUUCAUGGCCUGGGGUACAGCUAUUAUGAACAUCGCCAUGAUUACUCUACUAGCGAUCAUACUAUUCCGCAGAAUUGUCGACCUUGUUUUGUUAGCUAAAGCUACCACUGGCAUGCCCGAAAUCCUGAAGAUACUAUACGGAGACAAUUUGGACGAUCUUUUGCAGGAAGGGGAUCAAGCUGAGCGUAUGGCGGGGGCUCAAGCGGUUGGGGAAACUAAUGAAGAGGUAGAGGAAGAGUAG